UCUGCGGCCGCUAGAAGUGACGUUACGGAAACGGUUGCCCGGGUAACGCCGUUAACUUUUACGCUGAUAAUUUCGGCUCUUUUUUUAAAAAACAGGUCAACACGUUAGUCGUGUCUGCUCCGUGCACUGCUUGGGGUUUUAAAGGGUCUGCUUGGAGAAUAUGAGCGUGUGAAUACGGUGUAUGAAGAGGUCGGAAUAUUUAUUGGGAGGCUUCACGAUUCUUUUGGAUCUUGAGUACGCCCUUGCUGAAGACUCACUGUUUGUCCCGUUUCUAGGAAAUAAAGAUUCAAAUACAGAUAACAGAUAACUGCACAUCUCUGCACCAUUUUGAAGCUUCUUUGUUGGGACUGAUUUGUGGUCUACAGUGCUUCAAUCAACCAAUUGCACUUACACACUACUGUAGACGUAAUGGCAACAUUAGAAAGAUUCAAAGAUAUGGCAUAUCCCCGAGCUGAUACGGCACCUCUUCAAACUGGCAGCUUGUCACACACUGAUUGGCAAACCCCUUUUGUGUCUGGGAAGUCUGUCAGCCGUAUUUCUGAAAGUAAAAGAGAAGAUUGUGUUCCUUCCGAGAGUACUUGCCCUGAAAAUCUAAAGGAUUUCUGCAGUGCAAAUGGCAGUUCCUCCUUCGAACCAAUCAGGAGUCAAAUCACCAUCCCCACAGCUCAUAUUCUGCCUUCCACCCUGGGAAAACAUUCCACCAAUGCCUGUGAGCUUGGGGGAGCUCAAACGUUGACAGACUCAAAUCCUCACAGCUUCCCCUUCCAGCCUUCAUCCAAUCUCUUGGCAGCUGAUGAACUUCGAAAGUUUGAGGUUCCUAAUAUUGAACCCACUUUAAACCAGUCAAGUUUAUUGCAGACACUUUAUACAGACCAGAAACCUAAUGCAUUAACAGAGGGCAACCACAUAGAUGGCUGGCCGUAUAGGAUCCUACCUCAGAGCAAAGAAUCUGCAAACGUAGGUCACAUUCGCAGUGUUGGUAAUACACAUCUGAUCAGUCGGGGAUGGAAGCCAGAGUUAUUUUCUCUUCAUUCAGGAGCUGAAUUUAGUGCUUUGCGGCAACAACACCAAAUGGACAACAUAAGGCUUGAAAUGGAGCAGCUGCAGCUGGCAAGAGGGCGUCCAACGCCAGUGUAUCCAGAUCAUAAUGGACUAGGAAGGGUGCUGAAGACAAAUGAAAAUGUGCUGUUAGAAGAGUUGCUGGUGGAGAGGCAGCGGCAGCAUUUUUCCCAGCUGGAACAAAAACUGAGGGAGAAUGAGGUGCAAGUACGCAAUACGAUGUUGAGCCCAGUUAACCCUUAUAGUGAAAUGUAUAUGAUCAGGCUGCAGGAACUACAGAGAGAGGUUACUUUUCUAAGGGCUCAGUUUACAGAGAAGAAUGAUUCAUUUAGCCGAGAGAAGGCUGAGCUUGAAAAGAAACUAGGUGCCUGUGAAAUGGAAGCAAAUGAAUUGAAAGAGAGCAGGAAAAAAUUGUCCCAGAAUCACAGUGAAGAGUUAAGAAAGCAGGAGGAGCGGGUAAAAGCAAGAGACCGACAUAUUAAUGCACUAAAGAAGAAGUGUCAAAAGGAAUCAGAACAGAACAAAGAGAAGCAGGAAAGGAUUGAGACACUAGAGCGAUAUUUGUCAGAUCUUCCUACUGUCCAGGACCAUCGGAAACAGACACAAGAGCUGAACGAUCUGAAGGAGAAGAGCUGCCUUCUUCAGAAUCAAGUGCAUGAGGUGGAAACCAAACUGGGAGAUGUCAGAGCAUUUUGCAGAGAAAAGGAGUCACAGCUUAUAAAUGAAAAAGGCAGAGGACAGGAACUUUUAAAUAUCAUAAACCGGUUGCAGGAGGAGCUGGAACGUUCUAAGGAGCCUGGACAUCAUGAGGAGGAGAAGAAGCAGCUGACACAGGAAAUAGAAAAUCUUCGCCAGGAAGUGCAGACUCUGCGGAAUGAGAAGGAAUGCUUGAAAAAGGUAAUGGAAAGUCAAAAGAAGAAAAUGGAGCAGUUAUGCAGCAGAGUAAAAGAACUUGAAGAGCAGGUAUCACAAGAAGUAGGUACAGGUCAGGUGUUAAAGGAGGAAACACAGAAGAAGGAAAAUGCUUUUCAACAACUUAAAGAAGCUGUUAAAGAGUUGGCAGUGCAGAACCAGGACUUGAUGGAACGUAAUGUUUUGCUUGAGGAGCACCUGCAACAGACAAGAGUUGGAGAGCAGCAAUCCUCUUUGGAGGUUCAAGCCUUGUUCUCUCUUUACAGAGAGAUGAAUGUUUGCCUAAAGGACCUCAAAUCCAUUUGUAAUUUGCUGUGCCAGAGAGUGCAAGGGGUAGAUCCCAAUCUGUCAAUGCUGCUAGGGAUACACUCUACUCCAUCUUCUGCUGAUUAUGGUGAGAUACUCGAUUCAUCAUCUCUUGAUAAACAUCUGGUUGACGUGAGGCAGCUGAAGAGAGACAUUGAUGAUUUGCGAAUUACCAUAAGUGAUCGUUAUGCACAGGACAUGGGGGACAACUGUAUCACUCAGUGAUGGUUACACAUUUAUUCUCUCAAUUAUGGACUUUUGCGUUUUGUGCGUAUUUAUGCAUUUAUAUGCAGCCCAUGAUUGAAAAACCUGACCAUGCAUCCUUUUUAAACUGCCAAAGUAGUAGUCUGCUUGUGUCUGCCAAACUAAUGCAUGGGUUGUAUGGAUUGAAUUAUAUAUUUCAGUGUGAUCUGAGAGUGGAUAAUGCCAAAUGGUUAUCAACGG